AUGUCAAGCACGUCUCAAACAUGCAGUCAAACAGACACUCAAACAGACACACCAACAGAGUGCCGAGCAUACCUCCAGCAGCUUAUGGACAUAAAUGAACAACGGAAUAGUUGGUGCAUAGUGGAAUCUUUGAAUAAUGUGACGUGGCUGAGACCUCAGAAGAGACAUUACUUACAGACUCAACAUAUGUGCACUACCGAAAUCCAGGAGAAGAUCACUGACACUGGCAGGAGCUCCUGGGCAGAUCUAACCCAUCCUGCUCACCGGGAGAAGAGACAUUUUCCAGAGAGAAAUCUGACAGGCCUAUCUAAACUAAGGAUCCCAAGCCAUUGA